CUUUUUUCACUGUUUUUCUUUUUCUUCCGGCUCGCUCGCCCACCUCAUUCUUUUACUACUAAACUCAAGUGAAGAAUUUUGAAGCUAAAUCUCCACCAGGAACAUCUCUAAGCUUUAGUCAGAUUCGUUAUGCGUUUUUCUUUGCGUUUGGAGCGGUUCUUAAUCUGAAGGAAUUAUUGUUGUUUCUGUUCGCGGAAAUGGAACAAAAACGCAAAAUGGUCGGUGGUGAUAGUUUGAGAAAUGAAGAUGCUAUGAAGAAGGACAUGAUCAGUGAGUUGCCUGAAGCUUUGCUGGUGCAGAUAUUGUCUUCAGUUCCAACAAAAGAUGUCAUAGCAACGAGUGUUUUGUCUAAACGGUGGAGAUCUGUUUGGAAGAUGGUGCCAAAGCUCAAGUACCAUGUCUCUGCAGAGGAUGCUUACAGGUCGCUGAUUUUGCAUGAAGCUCCAGUCCUGGAAAGUUUGCAUUUGCUCAUUGAAGAUAAACAAGGUCGUUUUGAUAUCAAUAUCUUGAUUGGAAUUGCAUUUUCACGCCACGUGCGUGAAUUGGUGGUUGAUCUACUAUACCUUGAGGAUCAAAAGACAAUCAAGUUUCCGAGCUACAACAACAAUACACUGGAGGUACUGAAGCUUGAGGUUGAGGGUCACGUUCUUCUGGACUUUCCUUCUCGGGUUUGUUACAAUGCCCUUAGAGAGCUGCAUCUUGAACACGUGAAAUUCAAAGAUGAAGCAUCUGUUUGCAACCUUUUAUCUGGCUGCCCUAGCCUUCAAGAUUUGGUUGUGAGAAGAAAUAGCAAUCCAGAUGUGGAGACUUACACUAUUGAUGUGCCAUCACUACAGAGGCUAACCAUAGAAGAUUGUACUAAUUGGGCAGAUAUAAAUGGUGGCUAUGUGAUAAACGCACCGUCUUUGAAAUGCUUGAACAUCCUAUCCCUCUGUUUUAUUGACUUCUUCUGUCUGAUUGAGAACGCGCCAGAGCUUGUGGAAGCAAGUAUCCUUGGCAUUCCUCAGAUAGAGAAUGACAACAUCCUCGCAUCUCUCACUUCAGCCAAGCGUCUCUACUUUGACUUACCCGUAGAGAUUAAGUAUCCUACCGGAACCAUCUUCUAUCAGCUGGUGUCUUUGGAACUACGUAUAAAAGGAAGAAAUUGGUGGAAUCUACUUUCGUUCAUGCUCGUUAGCUCUCCUAAAUUGCAAAUCCUCAAACUCGACAGCUUUGGUCGGGAAGUCUAUCCGGUGGUCUGUGAAAGGAAUCAGCCCAAGUGUGUACCAGAGUGCCUGUUGCUUCAUCUGGAGACAUUGGUGUGGAUAGGAUACGGAUGGAAACACAAAGAUGAUGAGAAACAAGUGGCCACAUACAUCCUCAAGAAUGCUAGACAGUUGAAGAAAGCAACGUUCCCCCCAACGUACAUGUUCACCCCAACGUACAACAAACAGAAAGAGCGGGAAGAAAGGCUAGAGAUGCUCAACGAGUUGGAUAGUGUGGUCAGAGCGUCAAAGUCAUGUCACCUUAGUGUACUAACCAGAUUUUAUUAUCUCUAGAAUAAUGUUCACUGAUGUUUUGGCAAAUGGGAAAUUCUCAACUUCUUUGAAUCUUUCAUGAAGUCUAGUGGAUUGUUAAAUGGUAAAGAGUCUGGUGCAUUUUGAUGAUUAAUUAAACGUUGUUGGUUAA